UACAGCGCACACCCGGAAGUCCCGCCCUCUCCGUAUGGCGAACGGCAGCCCGGAGGGUUAAUCCGCGGCCGCCAGUUUUGCAGUAGGUGAACGGACCCCACAGGCGUCUCUGCAGAGGCAGAGCCCGACUGGGCGCCGCGCCCUCAACGUGGACUGCUGCAUGGGAGACCCGGAAGCCCGCUGGGGACCGGAAGUGGCGGCGCACGCCUGGGGACCCUCGGCACCUCAGGACGUGCGGUACGCGGCGAGACACGGCGACGGCUGUCUUUCGCCGCGUUCUCCUCGGGUCGGAGGCGGGGCGCGGCGGUCACCACUUGCCCUUCAUUCCCCCGUGUGACCCGGCGGGAAUGGCUGCCCCGUCCAUGAAGGAGAGGCAGGUGUGUUGGGGCGCCCGCGACCCGUACUGGCGGUGCCUCGACGACAACGCAGACGACGCGGCCAGCUGCCGUCAGCUGAGGAGCUUGUUCGAGGCGAGCUGCCCCCAGCAGUGGAUAAAAUAUUUUGACAAAAGAAGAGACUAUUUAAAAUUCAAGGAAAAUUUUGUUUCAGCCUUCACAGUCAACUGAGAAUUCCUAGGCUUUUCCUAAGAUUUUUACAAAGACUGAAAUUACUCUUCUCCUGGACAUUUAAAGAUGCUCUGCUGAUUCUGGGACAAUGGCAGUGUGAAUCAUGGUACACACCAGUACUUGUUCUUUCUGCAGCACUUGAUAACUAAAAUGGUCACGUUAACAAGAUCCCACCAUGCAAACUAGGAAGAACUUAAGUGGUAUUCAGUUUACUGCUUUAAUUUAGUAACACAUCUAUUUUAAGAAAAAAAAUUAAAGCCUAUUGUAAAAGUAUGUUGUUUAUCUUCUUCUUUGGAAUAAAAGCUAGGUAGUAGACAAAUUUAAUUUUCCACUAAAAAUAUCAAUAUGCAAUAAAAGAUGUCUCCACCAUGUGGUUCUGUUUCUACAGUGGUAGUGAGAUUCCUCAAAGGUCCAGACACGAGUUUCCUGGCUCGCCUGGAGAAAGAGUCCUCAGUGCCUGGGUUGCUAACUAGUUCAGUAGGACAAAAAAGAAACACAUAUAGAUUGGAAAGGAAAAAUCUGGCUUUAUUCCAAGAUAAUUAAGAAAAUGCCAAAGGAUGGACCCACACACACACCAAAAAAAAAAAAAAAAAA